AUGGAGGAUCCCGAGAAGAAGCUGAAUCAGAAGAGUGAUGGCAAACCCCGGAAAGUGCGAUUUAAAAUCUCCUCCUCCUACAGUGGUCGAGUGUUGAAGCAAGUCUUUGAGGACGGGCAGGAAUUAGAGUCUCCACAGGAAGAAUAUCCUCACAGUUUUCUCCAGGAGUCCCUUGAGCCAAUGGAUGGUGUUUACCGGUCUGGGGAAGACCCCAAACCCCAACUGUAUGCCCCAAAGCUGGCUGCUCAGAGGAUCAGUGUGUUUAGAGAAGGAAAUGCCUAUACUUUGGCGGGCAGCCAGCCUCUGUUCAACAAUUACAAGGCGAAUGACCAUAAGCCCCCACCUAUUAUAGAUUUUGGAAAGAUAAUCAUCUACACAAAUAACCUGAAAAUCAUUCGAACCCCAAUGGACAAGAAAGACUUCAUGAGGAAAAUUCUCCAGAAGGAAGAGGAGGCUGAGGAAGAGUCUCUGAUGAGCAAAGACAGCUAUGGAGACAGGGACCAGGACGACAGGCCUUUGCUGGAGACGGAAAGCACAUUCCCCCAUAACCAGUAUACACAGGAAGGGGAGCUUCCUGAUGACAACUGCUUUCACUGCCGAGGGUCUGGCAGUGCCACCUGCUCUCUGUGCCACGGCAGCAAGUUCUCCAUGCUGGCCAACAGAUUUAAGGAGUCCUAUCGGGCCCUGAGGUGCCCUGCCUGCAAUGAGAAUGGCCUGCAGCCUUGCCAGAUUUGCAAUCAAUAG